UUAGCAAACAUACAUCAGAGCAUUAGCGUUAAGUUUCUGUCGACCAAAGGGCAUACACGUUGUGGUCUGAAAGGGAAACACAAUAAUGGAAACGGAACGAGUCGAAGCACAGGACGGUAAUGAAAACAAUGAAGACACUGAAUUGAAUUAUCUUAUUGACGAAAAUCCGCCAUGGCAUAUGGCUAUUCUGUUAGGGUUACAGCAUUAUUUGACGAUGUUUGGUGCUACAGUAUCUCUACCAAUCAUAUUGUCGCCUGUAUUGUGUGUGAAUGACCCCGUGGAUACUGGCAAACUCAUCAGUACUAUUUUCCUCGUGAGUGGUAUAGCAACACUUUUGCAGACAUGUCUUGGAAAUAGAUUACCAAUUGUCCAAGGCAGUACAUUCUCGUAUCUUGUGCCAACAUUUGCAAUCUUAAGCUUGGACGAAUUUAAAUGUCCGGAAGAAAUGAAAACUGAUCCAACAAAUUCAACAUUUGAUGGCAUAUGGAAAAUACGAAUUCGUGAGAUUCAGGGAGCCAUUAUGGUAUCUUCUAUAAUUCAAGUUGUCAUUGGUUUCAGCGGCAUUGUUGGUUUUUUCUUGCGUUUUAUUGGUCCAAUAACUAUCGCUCCUACAAUUGCUCUUGUUGGUUUAUCAUUGAUUGACGUGUGUCUUGUAAAUGCAGGGAGUCAUUGGGGAAUCGCAUUCAUGACUAUUGGUUUAAUCAUAAUAUGUUCUCAGAUUUUAACUGAUGUUCAAGUUCCAUUCCCAUUUUACACGAUGGAAAAAGGCUUCCAUGUGAAAAGAUCACCCAUUUUUCGCCUGUUCCCGGUCAUUAUAGCUAUUGUUACAACGUGGAUAUUUUGUGCCAUUUUAACUGCAUCUGGAGCAUUGGAUCAUAACUCCAGUGCAAGAACUGAUACGAAGUCAGGCGUAUUGGAAGAUUCACCAUGGUUUAGAGUGCCUUAUCCAGGUCAGUGGGGGACACCGACAGUAAGUCUUGCUAGUGUGUUUGGCAUGUUUGCUGGAGUUUUAGCUGGAGUAAUCGAAUCUAUCGGCGACUACUACGCUUGCGCAAGAAUGUCUGGUGCACCACCACCACCAUCGCAUGCAAUCAAUCGAGGGAUUGGGGUCGAAGGUAUCGCGUGUUUCCUCGCUGGUGCCUUUGGAACAGGAACUGCAACAACUUCAUUUAGUGAAAAUAUAGGAGUGAUUGGAAUCACCAGGGUUGGUAGUCGUCGUGUGGUUCAGAUUGGUGCACUGUGUAUGAUACUUUUAGCGUUAUUUGGUAAAUUUGGCGCAUUAUUUUCCACGAUUCCUCAACCUGUGAUUGGUGGAGUAUUCGUUGUUCUGUUCGGAAUGAUAACUGCAGUUGGAAUGUCAAGUCUACAGCACGUUAACCUUAAUUCAGUCCGCAAUCUUUUUAUUGUUGGUUUUGCAAUAAUCACUGGUUUGGUUAUUCCUAAAUACCUCACCCAACACCCGGAUACUAUCGAUACUAAUGUUAAAGAAUUGGACCAGAUUUUCGCAGUUUUGUUAAAAACAAGCAUGGUGGUUGGUGGUUUAGUUGCCUUCAUCUUGGACAACAUCCUCCCAGGAUCAGAUAAAGAUCGAGGUAUAAUAAAAUGGCGCAGUCAAAUGAUGCAGGAGGGAAAAGGAAAUGUAGCUUCUAUUCACGUCUAUGAUCUACCAUUUGGGAUAACUAAUAAAUGGAAAUUUACCAAGUUUAUCCCAUUUUUGCCUUAUUAUGGCCCGGAUGCCAGCGAAGUGGCUGGGAACAGUGGGGCACCCGCACAAGAUAUUGAAAUACAAUGUCUGCAGCGAGAACAAACUUAUCUUUAACAGGUUUUUCGAUUUCCUGGUUCUUUUAUUAUUAUACACUUAUUGUAGUUUGAUAAUGUCAAAUUUACUGUAUUUUUUGCAUAAUGCCUGCCCGUAGAGUGAUACUGAUUGAACCUUCAUUCAACUCCUUAGAGAAAUUACGUCAGUGCAUAUAGUUAAAUUGUGUGUACAACUUAAGAAGUGUUUCGUAGGGCUCUUGACGAUUGCGGUCGUCAAAAAAGCAACCGUAUAAUUAAGAAGUGAAUAUCAGAAAAACCUUGUUCGCCUCAAUGAUUUCCAAUCUUCGAUAACUUAUUGUUCUUAUUUAUUUAAUUGUUAAAGUAGAGUAAAAAUAAAGCAACAAUCACAAUCAUGCAGGUGUUGUUGGUUUUCUUACUGAGUCGAUGAUGUGCUUUAAAAUAUUUUUCGUUGUUUUGCCAAGGGGGAGGCCGGGAAAGUUGU